AUGGCAAGAAAAGUGGAACAACAAGGAAGAUGUUGCCCAGUGGACCAAGAUGCUGAUCCCGAGCUUAACGGACUAGGUAGAUUGCCUGUUUUAGGGCAUAUCUUCAUAGGUUCAGAAAGACAGAUACAGAUAACUGCCUAUACUGCGAAUAUUCCGACGAGAAACAGAAUGUAUAAAGAAAUAGGAUCCAGUUGUGAUGUAACUAUAAGUAGUGAUACAAAUAGGAAUGGAACAAUUACUAGUCCGUCGUAUCCUUCACCAUAUCCUGCAAAAACGACCUGUACAUACGAAUUCCAAGGAAGAGGUAAAGAGAGGGUUCAAAUCGUCUUCCAGGAUUUUAGUUUAUAUAUUCCUAAUGCUAACGCAAAAAAUUGUGAUAAUACUGAUUCACUAACGGUCUUCAUUCACAUCGACGGAAGAAUAGAAAAAAUUGACAAAUUCUGUGGAACAACGUUACCUAAACCGAUAAUGUCGAACGGUCCUCGACUGAAAUUAGAGUUCCAAAGUUUCUAUACCUCCAGAUACUCCAGAGGGUUUAAAUCUACUUACGCCUUUAUGGAAAUUAAAACAUUAAUUUUAUUAUAUUUAUAUAUAAAUGAAGCGACUCGCUGCGAAGCCGUUUCAGCCAGUGACUACGUUGAAUUUUCUAAUUAUUUAACAAGAGAUAGGAAAUUUUCGAGGUACUGCGGUCAACUCAAAGAGUUUGACGUAGAAUCUGAUAGAAAAUUCUUUAGAGUCACGUUUCGAUCCAAUGACAGACUUGAUGGUACCGGUUUUAACGCUACUUUUAAAUUUGUUAUGGGAAAAGAAAAUCAUGGAAAGAAACAAAGUACCAGUGUAAAUGCAAGUACAUUUAUAAAAGGUACAUGUCUCCUGGUAAUGCUGAGUUUGAUUUCAUUGACCAAAAUAAAUACAUAAUCAUAGAUUUGAAGAUAACAGGGAUCACUUAAG